CAGCUCUGGUAAUGUACAUUAGAAAUGUUCAUAUCACCACUAAAAUACACUGUGAUUUGUUCUGCAAUGGUAGUUCUAAUCAAGUCACAUUCACUCAUGCUCCUAAGCUAAUUUUUAAGCAUACAGCAGUCAUGCCUGUUUGGGAUUCGACACAUGAUUCCAAUUUAUUGUGUGUCCAACUAUAAAUGCGUAUUAUUGUUGCUGUUACUUUUUAGCAGGAUUCCUUGUUCUCCACCCCACCCCAAAAUGAAACCUAACUUUUUGCUUCCUCUCUUUUACAGAAUCUGAUAUUGAUGCUGCUACUGCAAUGAUGCUGUUAAAUACUUCCAUUGAACAAGGGAUUUUAGACUGUGAGAAGGCCCAACCUCUUAAGAUGCCCAAGAAGAGGAGUUAUGGCAGUGCAUUUAAUCAUCACAGUUCCAUAAACCUGCAAGAAAAUCAUUCUGCAGCCACUAAUAUUGAUCCAAAGGAGGAUCACAAUUACAGUGCUAGCAGCAUGGCUUCACAAUGUUGUGCAUCUAGGUCCAGCAUGUCUUCCUUGUCCUCUGUUGAUGAGGUGUAUGAAUUUAUCUCCAAGACCAGCCAUGCAGGAAGCGAUGGCAGUGAAGGUUUUCAUAGUGAAGUGGAUACGGACAUUGACUAUGAAGACGACCCUCUUGGAGACAGUGGCUAUUCAUCACAACCUUGUGUAGAUACCUCUGACAAAAGUCAGCCUAGCAAGAAAGCUCUCAAGGAGUUAUGUCAAGAAAUUGAUGAGGAGCUGAAAGAGGCAGCUGGGUCUCUGCUCCACCUGGCUGGAAUCAGCACAUGCUUGGGUUCCCUAAUAAGUACUGCAAAGACCCAAAGUCAAAAGCAGAGGAAAAAAUAGUAAUGCUUGUUAGUGUGAAUAUAUACAUAUAUUUUUUUUAAGUGUGGCAAUACUCUUCUACUUUUACCCUUUAUAAGGAAGAUCAAAGCCAUAAGAGGACUUGGUUUUUUAUUUUUUUGAUGCUAAUUUUAGUUUGGCCUUUUAUUUUCAAAUCAUUGCUUAGAAAAUGUUUUAUUUAAUCUUUUCAGAUUAGGAGAGAUGCAUGACAUGUGAAAACCUAACUGUAUACUUUUUGAUGACCAGUGAUUGAAUAUUUGACCAUUUACAGGGGGAUGCAUAGGUUCAGAUGCAUGUGUGAAAUUUACCCCUGUGCAGGCCUACUCCACACAGUGAAUUUCACCCUAGGUGAAGGGACACAAUUUCCCCAUCUCCCUCCCCAAGACACAAAUAACUUUCACUGGUAUAGCAAACAGUAAGAAGCUGCCACUGCACAUGUGCCACUUACCAUUUUCCCCAACUAUGGAAUACACAGUAGCUGUUAGCUAAAGGUUUUUGCUGUUUUUGUUUUGUUUUUCAUGUGUAAAAAAUACUUGUUAACAAAUACACAGUUCAUGCUGUCUCAGUCCACAAAUGAAGUGGAGAGUCUAGAUGGCUAAAUUGUAAAUGACUGCUGGAAAGAUCUUUGGGUCAUGUUUAAGAAAAGCAUAAUAUAAUAGUUUCCUUUAAGAUUAGGAAAACUGAGUUAAUUACAUUAAUUUCUAAAUACACUUCAUGCGUUUUAAUAUCGGCUACCGUAACUUUGGUCUAAGUCUACUGAUUACUGUGCUUCUGCUUCAUGCUGUAUGUACCAUUUUAGCUUCCUUUCAACUACAGUGUAUGUCCAAUAGCAUGGCAUUCUUAGGGCAUACACUGUGACUCAUGGUGGUCUCUUCAUAUUUGGGAGUGAAGCUCCUUAAAAUUCAUCACCUUUGCAAUAAUAAUCUUUAUAACCCAAACAUCUUGUGGACAAGAAUGUUAUAGUAAUCGAGUGUAAUGGAUUUUUUUAAAAAGCUCAAUGUUGACUGCUUAACUCUUAAUGUAGAUGGUGGCAAUUUUUUUAGUAUUUUGUGCAAAAGAAAUGGGUACACAGACAUGUUAGAAUAAGUUUAACAGUACUGUAAGUAUAAGAAUGCCUUAAGUAUGUUUCAGCAUAGUAUAAAACUUAAGAGGUCAUUUUGCCUGUGUUUGAGAGGCAGUGUGAUGUGCCAUGAAUCUGUUUAGCUCAUACGUUAAGCUGCUGCUUUCAAUAAGUGUUGGGCAAGAUGGCUUAGAAUUAGA